AUUUAACUGUUGGACUGAGAUUGAAUUCGGGGUUUUGGUUAGAGCCGACACUACACAUGGUAAGCCAAAGUAUACGUUUACAAACCAAAUCCGGUCAACGGCUUCAAAUUUCGAUCAUUUUAGGCCACUGUUAAGGACUUUAGUACGUACCACAUCUACAGCGGAAGUUGGCAAUAGGCCUAUAUUGGGGAUGGACUUCAGCGGAACAUGAGAUUCAUUCAAGUGAUUUGUCUGGGUUAAUUGAAGCUCAUGAUCAAAAAUAGUUGAAUGAGAAUUUUUUACCGAGCUCAACUUUUUCCGUUAAAAAGAGAGAGAAAAUAAAAUACAAUCCGAGCGGAGAUUUUUAACUGGACAACAAUCAAAAGAAGACAACGCUUAGUCAGGAGAUCAAGAAAAGACAACUCCCAGUAUGUUAAGCAUAAUGUCUGGAGAGUUUGUGUGAAAAAUGCAUUCAAUGACAAAAGAGGACAAAAACAAAUUGAACAGAAGAUCUAGAGGAGCCUUCAAAAUGUGAAAUCUGUAAAAAGGUUCAGGCAUCCAUCAUGCUUAAAGCAACGCCACACGACACAUUAACUUGAUAAAUCCCUUCAGUACAUAUGGUAAGGAAUUUCAGCCGUCAUCUAUCCUAACGACUCAAUAUCACUACAAGAAAUGGAUCUUGCUACUAGUGUAAAGUCUUCGGUAAGGAGUGUAAUGAGCUCUGGUAAUGAAUCUAGUCAGUUAUCUAACCCACUAAGAGCAGAUGAACCAUACAAGUGCGAUGUCUGUGGAAGAGGUUUUGUUGAUUCGUCAACACUGCAAAUUCAUAUCAGGACACACACAGGAGAGAAACCUUUCAAGUGUGAUGUGUGUGGUAAAGGAUUUAAAGACUCAUCUACGGUAAAUAGACAUUUUAAGAUACACACAGGAGAGAAGUCUUACAAGUGUGAUGUGUGUGGUAUGGGAUUUAAUCAGUCAUCUUCACUUCAGAGACACAUCAAGACACAUACGAGAGAGAAGCCUUACACAUGUGAUAUUUGUGGUAAGGAGUUCAGCAAGUCAUCAACAUUUCAGAUACAUUUGGGGACACAUACAGGAGAGAAGCCUUUCAAGUGUGAUGUGUGUGGGAACGGGUUUAAUCGGUUAUCGCACUUAAAGCGACACCACAAGACACAUACAGGGGAAAAGCCUUACAAGUGUGAUGCUUGUGGUAAGGAUUUCAGGGAGUCGUGUACAUUAUUGGUACACCUCAGGACACACACAGGAGAGAAACCUUACAAGUGUGAUGUCUGUGGCAAGGAAUUUACUGAAUCGUCUACACUAAGGAAACAUCUUAAGAUACAUGCUGGAGAAAGGCAGUAUAAAUGUGAUGUAUGUAAUCGAGGGUUCAAUCGGCCAUCGCUCCUGAACACGCAUAUCAUGACACAUACAGGAGAAAAACCGUACAAGUGCGAUGUAUGUGGAAAGGGAUUUAGAGACACUGCUACGCAACAGCGACAUAUUAGAACACAUUCGGGAGAAAAGCCAUACGGAUGUGAUGUAUGUGGUAAGGGAUUUGCGCGGACUUCGCAGUUAAAGAGACAUCAGAUGAUACACGAAGGAGAAAAACCGUACAAAUGUGAUCUCUGUAGUAAAGAGUUCAGCGAAUCCUCGAAGCUUCAACGGCAUUUCAGUGUUCAUACCGGAGAGAAGCUGUGCAAGUGUGAUAUAUGUGGUAAGAGCUUCAGUCGGUCGUCACACCUAAAGACACAUCGCAGGACACAUACAGGAGAAAGGCCUUACGCCUGUGAUUUCUGUGGGAAAACUUUCAGCGAUUCCUCAACGCUACAGGUGCAUGUCAGAACACAUACAGGAGAGAGGCCUUACGAGUGUGAUGUCUGUGGCAAGAAAUUCAAUGAAUCGUCUACACUGCAGAUACAUCGCAGGACACAUACAGGAGAGAAGCCUUAUAAGUGUGAUGUCUGUGGUAAGGAAUUUACGCAGUCUUCACAUCUUAAGAUACACCUGAGGACACACACUGGAGAGAAACCGUACAAGUGUGGUGUCUGUUGUAAGGAGUUCAGGGGUUCGUCUCUGCUACACAGACAUCUCCGGACACAUACAGGAGAAAAGAAGUACCAUUGUAAUGUAUGUAGUAAGAAAUUUAGUCGUUCUUCCCACCUGAAGGCACAUCUAGGGACACAUACAGGAAAGAAUCUGUGUGAGCCUGAUGGGGCUGGUAAAGAUAAUAAUAAAGAUUCCUUUUCACUUCUGGUUCAUUGUGGGACACAACCUGGAGAGACACCCUGUAACUGUGAUAUAUGUGGUGGGACGUUUAGUGUUAGGUCUGAUCUGCUAACACACUAUAAGACACACACAAGUGAGGAGGUAAAUCAACUUAAGGUCUGAUCUGCUAACACACUAUAAGACACACACAAGUGAGGAGGUAAAUAACAGCGUUGGAUCUGAUCAUGAGAUGGCAUUAAGUGCAUCCUGGCAUUACCAACAAAACCAGUUAAUGAGAAACAUCUGCGGUGCCUCAGAGUUAGUUGGUGAGAACGUUGGUGUUAAUGAGACAACUUCGUUAGUGAGACUACUGAUGUUAACAAGAUUACUGAUGUAAAUGACACAACCGAUGUCAAUUUGUGUAAGGGCAGCUACUGGAGUUAGUGAGACUCGUGGUGUUAGUGAGACUCGUGGUGUUAGUGAGACUCUUGGUGUUUGUGAGAUUCGUGGUGUUUUUGAGACCCGUGGUGUUUGUGAUACUCUUGGUGUUUGUGAGAUUCGUGGUGUUUGUGAGACUCGUGGUGUUUGUGAGACCCGUGGUGUUUGUGAGACUCGUGGUGUUUGUGAGACUCGUGGUGUUAGUGAGACUCGUGGUGUUAGUGAGACUCGUGGUGUUUGAGAUUCGCGGUGUAUGUGAGACUCGCGGUGUUUUUGAGACUCAUGGUGUUAGUGAGACUACUGGAGUUAAUGAGACUCAUGGCGUUUGUGAGACUUGUGGUGUUUGUGAGACUUGUGGUGUUAGUGAGACUCGUGGUGUUUGUUGGGCUACUCGUGAUAGUGAAACUUCUUGUGCUAGUGAUACAACUAAUGUUAGUGGGAAUACCAGUGUUAGCGAGACUUCUGGUGUUAGUGAGAUCGAGACUUGAGACUUCUAGGGAUUUAAGUGAGAUUUCUGGUGUUAGAGACGUUGAUGGAAAACAUUCAGGAAUGAAGACGCCCAAGUCUGAUGAGGGUGGACUGGUGUUUACAUGUUCAGCGUGGAGAAUAUCCUACAGAAGUAUACGAUGACAAAAAUGGAGAAUUCAUAGCAGUGCUAUACAAAUCGGCUGGGAUUUUUUCAAAUGUAGUUGGUAAGAUAUAUUUGACUGCAUGCAAAAUACUCGUUGUUUAGUAGAAGUAAGCUUGGCUAGAUGGUGUCGUAUGAUAGCCCGUAGUAGAAGUAAGCUUGGCUAGAUGGUGUCGUAUGAUAGCCCGUAGUAGAAGUAAGCUUGGCUAGAUGGUGUCGUAUGAUAGCCCGUAGUAGAAGUAAGCUUGGCUAGAUGGUGUCGUAUGAUAGCCCGUAGUAGAAGUAAGCUUGGCUAGAUGGUGUCGUAUGAUAGCCCGUAGUAGAAGUAAGCUUGGCUAGAUGGUGUCGUAUGAUAGCCCGUAGUAGAAGUAAGCUUGGCUAGAUGGUGUCGUAUGAUAGCCCGUAGUAGAAGUAAGCUUGGCUAGAUGGUGUCGUAUGAUAGCCCGUAGUAGAAGUAAGCUUGGCUAGAUGGUGUCGUAUGAUAGCCCGUAGUAGAAGUAAGCUUGGCUAGAUGGUGUCGUAUGAUAGCCCGUAGUAGAAGUAAGCUUGGCUAGAUGGUGUCGUAUGAUAGCCCGUAGUAGAAGUAAGCUUGGCUAGAUGGUGUCGUAUGAUAGCCCGUAGUAGAAGUAAGCUUGGCUAGAUGGUGUCGUAUGAUAGCCCGUAGUAGAAGUAAGCUUGGCUAGAUGGUGUCGUAUGAUAGCCCGUAGUAGAAGUAAGCUUGGCUAGAUGGUGUCGUAUGAUAGCCCGUAGUAGAAGUAAGCUUGGCUAGAUGGUGUCGUAUGAUAGCCCGUAGUAGAAGUAAGCUUGGCUAGAUGGUGUCGUAUGAUAGCCCGUAGUAGAAGUAAGCUUGGCUAGAUGGUGUCGUAUGAUAGCCCGUAGUAGAAGUAAGCUUGGCUAGAUGGUGUCGUAUGAUAGCCCGUAGUAGAAGUAAGCUUGGCUAGAUGGUGUCGUAUGAUAGCCCGUAGUAGAAGUAAGCUUGGCUAGAUGGUGUCGUAUGAUAGCCCGUAGUAGAAGUAAGCUUGGCUAGAUGGUGUCGUAUGAUAGCCCGUAGUAGAAGUAAGCUUGGCUAGAUGGUGUCGUAUGAUAGCCCGUAGUAGAAGUAAGCUUGGCUAGAUGGUGUCGUAUGAUAGCCCGUAGUAGAAGUAAGCUUGGCUAGAUGGUGUCGUAUGAUAGCCCGUAGUAGAAGUAAGCUUGGCUAGAUGGUGUCGUAUGAUAGCCCGUAGUAGAAGUAAGCUUGGCUAGAUGGUGUCGUAUGAUAGCCCGUAGUAGAAGUAAGCUUGGCUAGAUGGUGUCGUAUGAUAGCCCGUAGUAGAAGUAAGCUUGGCUAGAUGGUGUCGUAUGAUAGCCCGUAGUAGAAGUAAGCUUGGCUAGAUGGUGUCGUAUGAUAGCCCGUAGUAGAAGUAAGCUUGGCUAGAUGGUGUCGUAUGAUAGCCCGUAGUAGAAGUAAGCUUGGCUAGAUGGUGUCGUAUGAUAGCCCGUAGUAGAAGUAAGCUUGGCUAGAUGGUGUCGUAUGAUAGCCCGUAGUAGAAGUAAGCUUGGCUAGAUGGUGUCGUAUGAUAGCCCGUAGUAGAAGUAAGCUUGGCUAGAUGGUGUCGUAUGAUAGCCCGUAGUAGAAGUAAGCUUGGCUAGAUGGUGUCGUAUGAUAGCCCGUAGUAGAAGUAAGCUUGGCUAGAUGGUGUCGUAUGAUAGCCCGUAGUAGAAGUAAGCUUGGCUAGAUGGUGUCGUAUGAUAGCCCGUAGUAGAAGUAAGCUUGGCUAGAUGGUGUCGUAUGAUAGCCCGUAGUAGAAGUAAGCUUGGCUAGAUGGUGUCGUAUGAUAGCCCGUAGUAGAAGUAAGCUUGGCUAGAUGGUGUCGUAUGAUAGCCCGUAGUAGAAGUAAGCUUGGCUAGAUGGUGUCGUAUGAUAGCCCGUAGUAGAAGUAAGCUUGGCUAGAUGGUGUCGUAUGAUAGCCCGUAGUAGAAGUAAGCUUGGCUAGAUGGUGUCGUAUGAUAGCCCGUAGUAGAAGUAAGCUUGGCUAGAUGGUGUCGUAUGAUAGCCCGUAGUAGAAGUAAGCUUGGCUAGAUGGUGUCGUAUGAUAGCCCGUAGUAGAAGUAAGCUUGGCUAGAUGGUGUCGUAUGAUAGCCCGUAGUAGAAGUAAGCUUGGCUAGAUGGUGUCGUAUGAUAGCCCGUAGUAGAAGUAAGCUUGGCUAGAUGGUGUCGUAUGAUAGCCCGUAGUAGAAGUAAGCUUGGCUAGAUGGUGUCGUAUGAUAGCCCGUAGUAGAAGUAAGCUUGGCUAGAUGGUGUCGUAUGAUAGCCCGUAGUAGAAGUAAGCUUGGCUAGAUGGUGUCGUAUGAUAGCCCGUAGUAGAAGUAAGCUUGGCUAGAUGGUGUCGUAUGAUAGCCCGUAGUAGAAGUAAGCUUGGCUAGAGUGUGUCGUAUGAUAGCCCGAGCUAUGUCGUAUAAGUGUAGUUUUUAGUCAUGUUUUCAAAACAAAUCACAGCAGUUUGUGUGAUAUAAUAUAUAUAUAUAAUAAAUGGUUUUAGGUAUAUAUCGAUGACAGUGGACAGUAAAAGUGUUCUUGGAUUCUGUAAACGUACAUAGUUAUAACAGUCGUCAUAUUUUAGCGCUUUAAACGAUACAAAUGUUCAGCUGACUAUGCCUUUUAGAGUGUAUGUAUGUUGUUUUGUAUGGUGUGCAUGUAUGUUGUCGCCUUUUUAUCAUUCCGCUGACCUAUCCAAAUGUGAUAUUAUGCUGAACUUCUUUUGUGCAAAGGAGUGCUUUAUAUAAUACAUGUACUGGCAGUAUAUCUUUCCAGGUUUUGAUUUGAUUUGUAUUUUCAAAUAUUUUCUGAUUGUAAUGAAAGGAAGUGGGAGUGGUGUAAUGGGUCAGCCAUCCAGAUAGGGGGUGGGAGUUGGGUAAUGGGUCAGCCAUCCAGAUAGGGGGUGGGAGGGGGGUAAUGGGUCAGCCAUCCAGAUACGGGGUGGAAGGGGUGUAAUGGGUCAGCCAUCCAGACAGGGGGUGGAGGGGUGUAAUGGGUCAGCCAUCGAUAUAGGAGUGGGAGUGGUUUUAUGGGUCAGCCAUCCAGACAGGGGGUGGAGUGGUGUAAUGGGUCAGCCAUCGAUAUAGGAGUGGGAGUGGUGUUAUGGGUCAGCCAUCCAGAUAGGGGGUGGGAGGGGGGUAAU